AUGGCUUACUCAAUAGAUGAUCUUCCUAACGAAAUUAUUGUUGGAAUUUUUUUCUUGAUCGACGGAACUCUGUCCGAGCUAUUAACUAUCUCGCGCACUUGUCGUCGUUGGCGAGCAAUUAUCAUUGAUGAAUGGUUCUUUCAACAACGCUUUGCUCGUUUUUGCCGUGUCCAUGGGAUCGGUCAUUGGGAAUUUGAAAAUGCCUCGAAAUUAGGACACGAUUCAACCGGUAUCAUCAGCGAUGAUCGGCUCUCUCUAACUGGUCAACCGCAACAAGAAACAUGCUUUCUUGGUCCAUGUCUUGUUCUUGAUGGUCAAUCGUCGAUUAAUAUUCCCGUUCAUGAUAUACGACAAUAUCAAACUGAUACAUUUUGCGUAUUCCUAUGGCUCAUGGACACGUAUCCGGGAGGUAUCAGUUGGCGAACAGCUAUUGGCUCUUGGCAACAUCCAUUUAAUGCUUGGCUUCAUUUGGGUGUCAAUCUUCGUGCUGUGCUAGAAAAUCAAGUAAUGAUAUCAACAGGUUCCGUACAUUUCUUUUGUGGUGCUCCGCAUCAUAUGAUGAAAAACACUUGGUAUCAUGUUGUGGCUCAAGUUUCUCGUAACAAGCAACAAUUAUUUGUUGAUGGUCAACUUCAGUGUAAUGUCGAUAUGACUCGAAGAAUUGAUGGUGUCAUUGAUUAUCCUCAAUACUAUCGUUAUGAUGAACGAUGGGAAGAUCAACAAAUGCAAAUGCCUCGCACCGUAACAUAUGAUGAAUUUAAAUUCGAAUGGUUAUAG